AGUGGCUGGACUUGUGCUGGCUUUCACUCAUCCCCGAAAUGUACGGGGUCAACAUUGCGGUUUGGGAGCCUACCAGGAGAGGGCAGUUGGUGCAGCUGUACAAGAAUAACAUGUGGGGCCUUUCUGUUUGACAAAAAACACUAGCACGACGAAGAGGGGCAUAAGUGGGUGCACCUGUUAUACCGCAGCGGGAGUAGUUGGGAAGCGAGAACCGAAGUUGGGGGUGACGAAAAUACGGUGUCUCGCCACAACCACUUCGACUUUCUAGAGCUCGGUGCCGAUUUUGAAGCUGAGUUCGACGCUAUCAUCUCCGUCGCCCGGUUUGGAGGAGAGGGCGACGGCGACACUUCGCUGCCGUCACCUGUGCCGGUGAAAAGAAGGAGGGCGGCGGGGAGUGCGGAGACGACGUUGAAGCGGAAACGCACGAGCACGAAGAAGUCGCAGCUGGAAGAUGACGACGGGCCGCUGGCGCAAUCGAAGCGCAAGCGGACGGCGAAGAGCGAUGGGGGUAGCAAGAAAAAACAAGGGCCAAGCGGAGAAAGCAAGGGGAAGUCAGGGGGAGGUGGCGCGGCCGGCAGCACGGGGGGGGGGCAACUACGACUCCGAUGGGAGCAUUGGCGGCGAGGGCACGGACUGGACUUGUCUCGGAUGCAGAGGCGCGCUCCCUUCUCUCACAAGGAGUCAACAGUUGCUGCGGCGCAAGCUGAACAAGAUCCCUGAACCAGCGUACAAGGCGGCGUUCAAACGUACGAGCAUCAUGAAAGCGAAGGCCGAAAAGGUGUGUUCUGUGUCCCGCGUUCCUCUUGUGAUCGUGUGUGAUUGCGCAUCCGUUAGGGCGUGCUUGUAGGAGUGUGUGCCUUUUGUCUUGUGUCGGCGACUGAUGUGUCGUGUUAUGUUCCGUACCGGGUUGAACCUCUGGUUGACGUGCUUUGUUUGGGGCAGUGACACAUAAUUGCAAUGGCCUCUUGUGAUCUAUUCUUUGUUUCCGCGGGUCUUUUGCUACGGUGUUGUGCAAUGCAACUCAUUUUCUCGUAUCACGUACAACGCCCCUUCGUCGUUGGUUGUACGCAAUGGUUCCGUCGUGGUCGACGCCGUUGUACUGUCGCUUGUCC